AUGACAUCAGCCUUCAACUACGAUUCAGUGGUACCACGCGGAUUGAGUGUUGCUCAACAGCGAGAGAUUGCUGCAGCACAAGCACAAGCAGCUGCCAUGGAUAGACCCUAUCGACCACCGACAACAAAGCCUUUUCCCAGCUCGGCUUCUUUGUAUGUUGGCGAACUCGACCCCACAGUGCAAGAAUCACACUUGUAUGAGAUCUUCAAUGCAGUCGGUCCUGUUGAGAGUGUCCGUGUAUGUCGCGAUGCCAUUACUCGGCGAAGUCUCGGCUAUGCCUUUGUCAACUUUAAGACACACGUCGACGGAGAACGAGCGUUAUCAACACUCAAUUCAGCUUCUAUCCAUGGAAAGCCUUGUCGUAUCAUGUGGUCGCAACGGGAUAUCGCCAAACGUAAGGUGUCCGGUGGCAACAUUUUUGUCAAGAAUCUCGAUCCAUCCAUCACGUCAAAGUCGCUACGUGACACAUUUGCACAAUAUGGUAAUAUCAUCUCAUGUAAAGUGGUACUGGAUCCCCAAGGUCAAUCCAAGGGUUAUGGCUUUGUCCACUAUGAUACAAUCGAGGCAGCAGAAAACGCUAUCAGACAAGUGAAUGGAACCAUCCUUUAUGAUCGAGAAUUGUUCGUUGGUCAUCACAUUCCAAAGCGUGAACGUCAACAACAUCAGCAGCAGCAGCAGCAACAACAACAACAACAGCAGCAACAGUAUCACCCACAGCAUCAACAUCAUCGCCCAAGUCGUUUUACGAAUGUCUAUGUCAAGAAUUUGAUGCCUGAUAUCAAGGAAGAGGAAUUGAAGGAGCUCUUUAGUGGAUUUGGACCGAUUGUAUCAGUAUUGAUUCAGCGUGAUGAAAUGGGCAACUCGAAAGGAUUCGGUUUUAUCAAUUUUGAGCGGCACGACGAUGCAGAGAGAGCAGUGAUGCAAAUGAAUGACACAGAGUAUAUCGGUCGAAGACUCGUUGUUUCUCGAGCACAAAAGAAAUCAGAACGCGAACGCGAACGAGAGCAAGAUCAUCAUCCUCCGAUGAAUAAUCACCAUGAGAGCAAUAGCCAUAGUUCACCCAGCAGUCAAAAUGGCAAUGGAACCACCAAGCACCAUCGAUAUCAGGGCAUGAAUCUUUACAUCAAAAAUUUGGAUGAGCACGUGGAUGAUCAACGAUUACGGGAAGAGUUUUCAAGAUUUGGGAACAUCACAAGCGCCAAAGUGAUGAGAGAGGACAAAACGGGUCAAUCAAAAGGAUUUGGUUUCGUGUGCUUUACAACAACUCAAGACGCCAACAAAGCUGUCGCUGAAAUGAAUGGUCGUAUGAUCGCAUCCAAAUCGAUUUAUGUUGCGCCAGCUCAACGUAAAGAAGAUCGCCGUAACCAUGAACAACAACAACAGCAGCAACAGCAGCAACAGCAACAGCAACAGCAUAGGCAACUUCAUUUGCAACAGCCAUUUAUGCCUGUACCAGCGGGCUAUCCACAUGUUUAUUACGACUAUAGCGGAUAUCCACAAGCUGACAUGAGCCCUAAUCGACCCCCUCCACAAGUGCGAUAUGCUGCAGCACCACCAUCAGCGGCACCAGCACCUUUUCUCAAACAAGGAUACCCUGUCCCAGUCCCAACCUAUUAUCUACCAUCACCAACUGCUCCCAAUCACCCAGCUUAUCCACCUCAAUCACCGAAUCCACAACAAGAUGAAUCACAGCCACCAGAGGAAUUAUCCUUGGAUAUGAUCGAAUCCUACUCGCCAGAGACGCAAAACCAAAUACUUGGAGAAAGGAUUUAUGCAGUUGUGAAAGAAAAGUAUCCAGAGGAAGCUGGAAAGGUAACAGGCAUGCUUCUAGAAAUGGAUAAGGAAGAUCUGGUGCCGUUGGUUAACGAACGUGAUGCUCUGGAAAGCAAAGCCGAUGAAGCCGUGGCAGUAUUAGAAGAACACCGUGCUGGACAAUCAACUGAUGAAUGA